CUGCCGGGCACGCCCCCCGCCCCCACUAACUCAGAGUAAAUAGUGAUGGCCGAGAGCAGAAGAACCAGCCAACUCCCAGACCGCGUAGGACCCACCCCUGCUCCCUGUUCAACCAAACGAGUGAACCUACCGUUUCCGCGCGGCAGCCAUUACCAUUACCAAGCUGGCUGCCUGCCUCUCUCUCUUCCCCGUUUUUUCCUCGCCGUUUCGUUUUCUCUCUGAUCUUUUUUCCCCUUCUUCCCCUCUCCCCCAUUUUCUCCUCCUGCACGAUUGACUUCCCAGCAAGUCGUGGGGCUUUUUCACCGAAUUUCGGAGGGAUCGGGAUUCUCCCCAGAUGCAGAGAUCGCCUGCAGGGUUCCCCGCCGGCGCGCCCUAGUUUUUUGACUGCCAAUUGGGUGCCAAGUUGAAGCUCGCGAGUUAAGGGAAGCGGAAAAAAGAGAGAAGAAAAGUAAAAGGAAAAGUAAAAGGAAAAAUGGGUGCUUGUGCUUCGGCAAGGAGAAAAGGGUGUGUCGUAUUCCCUUUCCCUUCCAAGAGGAAGGUCGAGGAGAAGAGGAAGAGCGACAAUGGAGAAGGUGGGAGGCGGAGGAGGAAAUCCCGGAGACGGAUUAUCAAACGGCGUGUUUCCUCUCGCAAGGUUGAAACCCUCGAUCCUACCCGCCAAACCGAUCGGACUUUCUCUAAUCCUGUGUUUCAAGGAAGCAUGGAUGCUACUUGGUGUGAUGCUACCUCUGAGCUUGAAUCUGAAUGGGAUGAUGAGUUUUAUAGCGUUUAUGAAGAUGGGUACUCUGUCGUCGACUCUAAUGACAAUGGUUCUAGCCUAAGUGGUCCGCCUCAUGAUAGCAUAGCUGUCGAUUCCGCUCGAGAUGUCUCUCGUGGAAGCGGUAAUGAGCAGCCCAAGCACACGCAUUCUUCUUCGAGACUGAAUGAUGCUACUGAAAGGGAAGCGAAUCCUGCAGCUGGAGAGGAAGUUUCAAGUGUGAGUAUUGUGGCUGAUAAUCAUUGUGGGAUUCUACAAAAUGCUUGCUUGCCUUGUAUUCCUUCAAAUGGUCCUACGGUGGAAAAGAAGAAAUCGAUGAAUUCUGAUACUGCUAGCUCAAAGAAAAAACCUAUGCUUAGACUUUCAUUUAAAUGGAAGGAAGACCCUGUGCCUACAUUAUUUUCUCCAAAAGGACUUUCCCAGAGGCCAGUUGCUGGUUCUACUUUUCCUCACUGCCCCAUUGAUAAGAAGAUUUCAGGUUGUUGGUCUCCUCUUGAGCCAAGUAGUUUCAAAGUACGGGGAAGGAACUACCUCCGGGACAAGAAGAAAGAACCUGCACCAGAAUGUGUUGCAUUUCACCCUUUUGCUGCCGACAUCUUCUUAUCUGAGAGAAAAAUUCCUCAUAUUGCUAGAUAUGUUGAACUCCCAACGCUUAGUGCCUAUGAUGAAGUCCCAGCUGUUCUUGUUGUUAAUGUUCAGGUACCAUUAUAUCCUGCCUCAAUUCUGCAUGGUGAAAGUGACGGAGAAGGAAUGAAUUUGGUUAUGUAUUUUAAGCUGUCUGAGAGUUACUCAAAAGAGCUCCCCACUCAUUUCCGGGAAAAUAUUAUGAAACUCAUUAAUGAUGAGGUUGAACGGGUCAAAGGUUUCCCUCUCGAUACAAUUGCACCAUUUAGGGAAAGAUUGAAAAUUUUGGGCAGACUUGCAAAUGUCAAUGACCUUCAGUUAAGUGCUACCGAGAAGAAGCUCAUGAAUGCUUACAAUGAGAAACCUGUUCUAUCACGGCCUCAGCACGAAUUUUACUUGGGAGAGAACUACUUUGAGAUUGAUUUGGAUAUGCACAGAUUCAGCUACAUCUCUCGGAAAGGUUUUGAAACAUUCAAUAACAGAUUGAAGUACUGCAUAAUGGACUUUGGCCUGACAAUUCAGGGACACAAGGCAGAAGACUUGCCUGAACAUAUUCUGUGUUGUAUGCGCCUAAACAACAUUGACCAUACCAAGUACAGCCAACUCGGAUGUUGACUUGAGACUCAUUUUGGGAAAAUGGGUUCAUUUCACCCCCAAACGACAGCCAAAUAUGCAGCGGAGAGAUUAAGGUUUUGGAUCUUCGGUCACCCAUUCAUCUGUACAGGGUUAUGAUGAUUAAGUGUUGUACAGGUCCCCAAUGGAGAGAAAAGAAAAGUUCAUCGCCGCCAUGAUUCAAGUCAUAGUGCUUAGAGAUAUGUCAAUUCUGCUAUCUGUGUCUUUUGAGAUGUGGAAAUCAGAUGUAUAGCCCUUGACCGAUGUAAGUUUGGUUGCCUGUCGGGCUGAUAAGUUCAGUUAUAUGUUGCAGAGCUCUUAUUCGGAAAGGCUGAUUUUCAGCCCCGAGAAAGUAUUGGACUAUUGGUUAAUGAAGAGGAUAAGCGAACUGUCGAGUUCUUUAGCAUCUGUAUAUUGGGAUUCUUUCGUUCUUUACCAGAAUAUGGUUUUGCAGAAGUGGUUGAAAUAAAAGAUGCCAAAGAAGUACAACCAAGUUCCUCUGAAUUUUAGUUGGUUCAUUGCAC